AUGAUUUCGUCGCCGCAUUCGUCCUCUGACCAACGCGACACGGAAAGAAUCCCACCUACUUUACUUGCGAAUCAUGAUGCUAUUUUUCAGCACAAUAACGCGCCCACGCAUAGCGCGUAUAUCGUUCAAGGCCUUCUACGUGAGACAAACCUAACUAUAAUAGAUUGGCCUCUAUAUUCACCUAAUUUAAACCUAAUUGAGAGCCUCUGGGCAUUAUUAAAGGCCAAUAUAUUAAAACUAUGGCCCUGGCUCCGCGACAUUCCUAAAAAUGAGAAUACGUGGGGAGAUUUAGUAUAUGCCGCACAGGAAGCAUGGGAGAAGUUAACAAUUCGUCACUUUGUCAACCUGGCUGAGACCAUGCCGCAUCGCAUGGAAGAGGUUAUUAAAUAUGAAGGUUCCCGUGUACCUGUGAACAUUAUAGGAACAGAACCACCUUUGAAUAUAACACAGACAGAAACAACCAAAAAUAAAAACAUACAACAGCAUGCCUAA